CAAAAUGCUAAUGAAUUUGAACUAUAUCAAAAAGUCGUUAAUAGAGCAGAGAAUGAUGGUAUCACUGAUCAAGGAUACCAAGAAGGUCCUUGUUUUGAAACAAUAGAAACUCUUCCUGAUCGAGUUGUAUAGGAGUGCCACCAUAGUCAGGUAUCACAACGGUAUCUCCUUCUUUAAUAAUUACUGAAGGUGAUGGUGUUUCAUGGUCUUUGUAUCCCGAUCCAACGGCAACUACCUAAAUAUUUUGUGAUCAUGAAAUAAUCUAGUCAUCUGUUUUCUCUACCUUUGCUAUAUGUGUCGAACCUUUAAGAGAGUGUGGCAAAAAAAUACCGCUCGGGGUUUUACAAGCUGCAGAAAGCUUUUGAACUAGAACGCGAUUCAUAAGAGGACGAAACUUUGUAACUAGUUGAGAUGUCUAUAAGAAAGAAAAUAUUGUCAUCAUUUUGUUCGUACACGAAAAGUACUAGAGAAUUAAAUUCAACAUACCAUGUUUAAACAAUUUAUUGAUAUUUAGCUUGUAUUCAACAGAUGACUAUUUUGAUAGGGUGAAAAACAUGUAAAGAAUAUGUCCCAAACAUUUGUUUCGAGACUGCAAUUUUUUUUUAUUAUUCGUUUAAAAUGCAACAAUAAUCUGUGGCGGAGUCAUACCAAGAUCUUUUUUUCUAACCGACCUUUAAAUACAACCAUUAUUUAAAAAAAAAAUUGAAGCGUGAUAUAAUGUAUUUUUCAAUUGUAAAGUUAUUUUUGUAUGUUAAAUAAAACAUGAAGAAUGUUACAACUAGUUGUAUUCUGUUUGAACAAGUUUUAAUAUAAAUUUAAACAUAUUUCUUCCUAGUUUUUAAUUAUGGGUACAAGUGAAAAGAAACAAUAUGGUGAAAAUAUUUUGGAACAGUACCUUUUUUUUAAAAAAUUAGGUGUAAAAGAGUCAAUUGUGUUGCAAUGGAAGAAACGUAACAAAACAAGUUUUGAUUUCAACCUUGAUUUCGACUUUGAUAAAACUUUCUGUGAUCCAGAUAUCCCCCCCACUGAUAAGUUUACGUCGUUGGACUUUCCAGUAAAACCGUCACAUUUUAACGCAGGCGUAUCACAGGAAAGCAUAGCGACAAAAUACCAACAUAAGUUAUAUCAGCUAGUCAGAGAAAAUCGCUUUCUUAGGAAAAGAAAUGAUUUACUUGAAAAAAAUAUUUACUUUUUACAAGAAAAAGCUUUUGUAACGGAUUUUCAUGGUGAAUCCAAACCCCUUUCUUGUGUUGUCUCAGAAGAAGGUGUCACUAAAAAUAUUUAUAAAAAUUACAUUACAUUUAAUAAAUAUUUUUUUGAAACUGAGCGUUAAAAGAUUUUUUUUUGUUAAGUCAAAAAUUAAAUUAUUUUUUAUAGACUUUGUUUCAUUAUUGUUUUUUUCUUUCAGUAUUUUAAAUCUGAAGCAGACUUGUUACAAGACAAUGUGACUAAUAAGUGAACUGAAUAAAAGCAAAAUUUGUUUAUUAAACUAAUGUUACAAAAAUUUCUAAAGUACUUUUUGCUGUAUAUCUCAUAUUUAUGGCUAAGUGAAGCUGGUGACGAUAGGAAUAUCACGGUUUGGACGAACACAAGAACGGCGAUGUCAGACCUAGAGUCUACGACAUUCUUUUUGGAUUUACCUUUAGUAUUCUUCAAACACUUUGAAAACGCUUGCGCUCUCGUCAUCUUCAAUACAAAUUCGUCGAUAGAUUCAUCAAAUGUUAUUAAACUUCAUUUACAAAAGCAUCUUUCAGUAAAGAAUCUUUCCAGUUGGACAUAUCAACCUGAAAAAGAAGUCCAAUGGCAUGAUUUUAUUGAAGCCUGGGAAGAAAAAACGCAUUUGAAAUUUGAGAAGAGAAACAAGCUUGAUUCGUCUGUAUGUUCUAACGUUUUAUUUUUCUAUUUAAGCAUCGACUUCCCGUUGCAGUGUUCUUCAAAAAAAAUUCAAUAUAUUGAUGUAUCUUCGGAUAUUGAAUCAUUCAACCUUUUAGACAGUGUUUUAAAGAGUAUAGACACGAAUCCGUAUCUUUUGAUGUUUUUCCCAUUUUUUAACAACUCCGAUACCACCUUAUCGCGUCAGUUGCUGAUAACCAAUACUAAAAUAUCAAGUUCCACUAUUUUGAAGAAAGAACCUUAUAUAUCAUUGAAACCGACAACUAUGCCAAUAAUAUAUGUAACUCUUAUAGUUCUUGCACUCACAUUGUUGGGAUUCUUUUUACUAGUAACAAUCGACACUCCGACUUUUUUUUUAAAGACGGUUCCACCGGUUAAUAAAGAGUUUUAAAGUAUUCUACAUUUUA